GCCAUCUCUCUGCGCUCUUCCCGUGACGCGCGAGUCGUUGCUCCCGCCCAGCCCCGGGACGUCCGAGUUGCUGCUCCGGCCCAGUCCCUUUCAAUGUCUUAUGUUGGACGAUCCACAGCCGUUGCUGGCGACACUGCCAAGCACAUCGCCUUUGCCGCCGCCUUUUCCUGCUACUGGUCCAAGUACAUGGCCGCUCCUUGUCUCGAGUCCAAGUACACCUUCCGUGCCUGCGACAGGUCCACGGGCUAUGGACGCCACGCUUUCGCUGGAUGGCUCCGAUGA